GAACGUGUUUAUGUACAUGUGUACUAAAGUAAGACGGGAGUGAAACGCUGUACUUGUUGCCCGGCGCUCCAGACGGUGAAGAAAAGAAGCGGAAAGAUGAAGCUCUUGGCCAUCCUUGCUCUCUGCUCCUUGGCAGUCGUAUGUCUGUCUUCAGAUGCUACCUCUGCUGGCUCCCAGCCUGCCAGUGACAAUCCCGCUCAGGAGGGUGUGUUUGUGGAGAGGGACCAGGCUGCUGCUGUGGUGAGACAGAAGAGAGUUAUCGACGAAUUGCCUUUUGGCGAGCGGGCAAGACAGAAGAUGGGUUGUCCGUUUGAGAGGGACGGGCCUUGUACGCACACGACGUAGACAAGUGGAAUCAUCGCUGCCUACAAUGCCCACUAUGGACCGAUCCCCUACUAGACAUUAAGCCACCAUGACCUGUUGCCAUGAGAUGAAUGUCCUUUCAUUGUCAUUGUUCAACGGUUUCUUUGAAACUUUCCUUAUGAGAAUCAACUUUUCAUAACAGUUUUUGCGAUAUCUAAAGGUUUUUGAAUAAAAGAAAAAUAUGAAAGAUGAGGAGUGGGAAUGGAAGAAAUGCAAUAUGGACCCAGAAGAGCAGAGGGGGAGAAAGUGGACGAAAGGGGAGAAGAGAACAAACAUUGUCAGUUUGAUUUUCCAUCUUGUAUAAUUCACAGUGUUGACUCCUCUACAAUUUCUAUCAUUCUGUAGUGUAGUGUGAUAUCAAAUAAAGAUUAAUAAAAUGA